GCGGAAGUGGCGGGGUGUGGGGAAGCACCUUUAUUAUUCAUGAUGAUCAAGCUUCGGAUGUCUUCCUGCAGAACGGAUCCAGGCACAUCUUGAACUAUUUAUAUCAAUCCGGGACACCCCGAACCCUCGAUCUCUUCCCCGCUGUCCUGCUUCCUCAACAAUCUCCCCGCCGUUCCGUGUCUUCCCCCCAACCACCAUGGACGCUUUCGAAUACAAUUCCAACCCCGGCCGUGUCAUCUUUGGCAGUGGCACGCUUCAGAAGCUCCCCGAUGAGGUUGCACGCCUGAACGUGAAAGCCCCUUUGGUGCUUUCAACCCCCUACCAGAUCAGCCAAGCCGAGAGCGUCAAGGCCGUCCUCAAUGGACAGGUAGCUGGUAUAUUCACCCAGGCCACCAUGCACACCCCCACGCACAUCACCGACGAGGCUCUGGAUUAUGCGAAGACGCAGGGCGCCGAUGCGGUUAUCUCCGUGGGUGGUGGCAGCACAAUCGGUCUUGGAAAGGCGAUCAGCAUCCGCACCGGACUGCCACACAUCUGCAUUCCGACGACCUAUGCUGGGAGCGAGAUGACUCCAAUUCUGGGCGAAACCGCCGAUGGACUGAAGAAGACUCGCUCUGAUCCCAAGAUUCUGCCUGGAACGGUCAUCUACGAUGUUGAUCUGACGAUGACUCUGCCUGUCGAGAUGAGUGCCACGAGUGGUGUAAAUGCUAUUGCUCAUGCUGUGGAGGCGCUCUACGCCCGCAACACCAACCCGGUGAUCAACCUCAUGGCUCUAGAGGGCACCCGUGCGCUGGCAUCUGCGCUGCCUGAGAUCGUGGAGAACCCCAGCUCCCAAUCGGCGCGCUCAUCGGCCCUCUACGGCGCCUGGCUGUGCGGUACUUGCCUGGGCAGCGUUGGCAUGUCCAUCCAUCACAAGCUUUGUCACACACUGGGCGGGAGCUUCAAUCUGCCCCAUGCGGAAACCCACACCGCUGUGCUACCGCACGCCAUCUCCUACAAUGCGCCCAAGAUACCAGAGGCCAUGAAGAAGCUGGCCGAGGCACUGCCGGAAAGCAACGGCGAUGCUAUCCACGGCUUGAAUGUUUUGCUGUCCAAGUUGAAGGUCAAGCGCGGUCUCAAGGACUUUGGCAUGAAGGAGGAGGACAUUGACAAGGCAGCUGAUAUUGCUGUCAGCAACCCUUAUUGGAACCCGCGGGAGAUUGAGCGGGAGCCGAUUCGUGAGCUGAUCCGGCGUGUCUGGGCUGGCGAGCCGGCCCGGGCAGAUUUGUAGAUGGAAGUGGCGGGUUUUUGUACAUACUACCAAACAAGAUUCAAAAAUAUCUUCAAACCAAUGCUGAG